AUGAUUCAUAGCUAUUUCUCUUUUUUUAAACAACAAACCCAUUUUUCUUCCGUACUUAAACAGGCUUCAAAUGAAAAUAAAUUAGAUGUACUCUUAAUUCAAAAUAGUACACCUUUACUGAUACGUUCAUCACCUGAAAGUAUCGGUUGGGAUAUUAUUCUACGACGUAAUUUUCUACAGUUGAAUAGUAAUAAUAAUACUGAUGAAGGCAGUCUAAUUCGUGGUUCAUUAGCAGCACGUGAUUUCCUUGUGGCUUGUGUUUAUCGUGGUGCUGAAGUUGGUGGUCUACGGGAUUUAUAUCAUUGGGCUGGAUUGGGAACAAGUGCUGGUGGACAUUUUUAUUCAUUUCCAGAUAGUUUAUGGCCUGAUACGUUAGCUGGUCAACAAUCUGCUCAAAUGGUGACUGAAGAGAAAUUGACUCAUUUUAAUCGUCUUCCGAGUAAUAUACGCCCUGAUUACACAAAAUUGGGUAUAUCUCAUCCAUUCACCUAUCCUUGGUCUGAACUGAUUGUGCAGUAUGCCUCAGGAAUAGUAAAACCUACAGAUACGACUGCUACUACUACUACGAUGACGCCGACUUCUAGUUUUCCUACGAAUGAGCUGACAUCAACAACAACAAGUACUGAUAACACUGAUGUAGCUGGUAAAAUUACCAUUGAUGAAAAUAACUGGUUUGUUCUACGUGAACCAGCUUUAUUACGUUUAGUUGUGCACAGAAUGAUAACUGGUGACAAUCGGGCUAAAUUAUCUAUACAACAGUCGUACAAUUAUAAUCCAUCACUUUUAAACGCACUAAUUCUAGUUUAUUUGAAAUCUGAACAACGUGGUGUUCCACAGUCCUAUGCACGUAUUUAUGCAUUUUAUGAUAAUUCAAGAAAGACAAGCAUUCAUCAUCAGAUCCAAUCAAAUCGUAGUGAUGAUGAUGAUGAUAAGAAAUCGAAUCAGCAACAAAUGCCUCCUCCUCGUUAUCUCCUUGGUUAUGUACAAGAUGGUGGAUACGGUCAAUCGAUUGGUCGUGGAAUUGGUCUAGGCUUUAUCAGUUUAAGUGCUUUAUCGAAUGCAUUAACUCAAACUGACAAUAAUAAUAAGAUAAUAAAAUAUUGUAUUCAAAAUUCGACAUCAAUGCAAUAUUAUAAUGUUAAACUGUCAGUAGUUAUUUGA